AAGGGCUACGCGGGUCGUCCCUUUUUCCUUUCGCUCGAUCACCACUACCUCAGCAGCAACAGUGCCUGGAGCCCGGUGUCCAGUCACUUGCAAUUUUACAAUCGUGCCUCGCCAUCCAUCACUUAUUACAACAUGAAGUCAUUUACGAUGCGGUCGGCCGUUGCCCUGUCGGCCCUCCUGGUCGCCGUCGGCUUGCCAGCUGCCAAUGCCGCCGACGAAGUGUCCAAGGGUUGCUACAGCGAUGCCACGCCCCUAGAAGAUCAAGGAGCCUACACAUAUCAGAGUGACGGAUACUGCCAAAAGCUCUGUUUGGAUGACAACUACUCGGUUUUCGCCCUGACUGGCGGCACGCACUGUCUUUGCGGAAAUAAAUUGCCCGCGGACUCCGCCAAGACUUCCGAUAGCAACUGUGACAAGGGUUGUGCCGGUUGGCCUGAUGUGAAGUGUGGUGGUAAGGACGCGUACUCUGUCUACCUCACGGGACUUAAAGACAACGUCGAGAAAUACUCCUCCUCUUCGAGCUCGACUUCGAGCACCGAAAGCGAAUCGUCAACCAGUACGGCGGAAGGUCAUAUGAGCACGAAGGCUGGGCACACGGUUUUCGUCACGUCGGCAAGUCAAACGGGUGCAGAUGCCGCUGCAGAAAUGAACAAGGAAGACAAGAAGGACUCGGGUCCGAAUACUGCCGCCAUUGCCGCUGGUGUCGUCGUCGGAGUUGUCGGGUUCUGUGCUCUCGUCGGUGCUAUCUUCUUCCUCUGGCGCUUCCGAAACCGCAAGGCCGCCGAGAACCAGUACCGUCGCAGCGUUGGUGUUGACAACUAUGGCGGCAAGCCCAUGUCUCAAAGUUCCAUGUCCGACUCCCGAUUCGACGGUGACUUCAUGGCGCAGAGGCGACAAAGCAAUGGUAGCAUUGAUGACGAUCAGGACUUUUCGCGUCGGAUCUUGCAGGUAACCAACCCUGAUCGCGGCCACUAGGCUGAGCAAUCCGCCAAACGAUUACGGCUCGGUCCGUACGAUCCGACAUCCUAUAUACAACCACCGAUUGAUGUUUUCCUUUCUUCCUUUCUAUUACCAUUUCUGUGUACCUCCAGUCACACCUGAACUUCCGAUUAUUUCACCUUCUAUAUCUCCACCAUGUGUUUAUCUUUAUUUUAUUUAGCGACCUUGCGA